AUGACGCGCCAGAAGCGCCCCGAAAAGCCGGCCUUUCGUUCGCUCGGGAACACCAUCGGCACAACGUAUGCGAGGAGGGAGAUAGCAAUGCGCGGAGAGGUUCGCCAGGGCUUGACGCAGAAGCUAGUGACGCGCGUAGGACACCGCGACCCGAAGGUGUCGAUGCGCUGGACGGUGAGCGGCCUCUGUGAGGACAUCUACCUCAAGCAUCGCCUCAAGCUGGUGGGAUGGCCCGAGGGCGUGUACUUCACCGACCUCAGCGAUGUGACAGGGCUCGCACGAAUCUCGAAGCUCGUGAGUGCACUGAGGAGCGGAGACCUCACAUUCGAGCCGAUCUCGCAGGCCGAGUACGACGCUGCGAAGCUCAAUCCGCUGCUCGCUGCCCCGACUCACCUGAACUAUGGCUUGACGCCGAAUCUGGGCCGGAACGACAUCGGGAAGCGGCGGGGAAGCAGCAAGGUCGACCCGGAGAGGUACCCGCCGCAUCACGUACGAGACGGGCCGAAGUCGGACAAGUGGGUGUCGAAGGAGGCGGAGGCGAGGGCGGAGCUGCCGGAGGAGCCGCACGAGUUGUUCAAGCGCGGCGAGCUGUAUGCGGGCCCGCGUCCCGGCCAGCUGCACUUCUUGAACUGA